GUUAAUGAAACUGGAAGUCUAAGUGGCUGGAGCCCCCUCCUUCCGGCUUUCUCUGUGACCGGGCCCAUCCUUCUCAGAGGAAAGUUCCUGGUCGUUAACCGUUAUUUGUCACCAAAUUAUGCCUCAUAAAGUCGUGCCAGUGUCGACAGAGUGCGAUAAUAAACAGCGCAGCUCCCAAGUUCGGGCAGAAGACGAAGAGGAGUCACUUAGGAUGCAGAGUUUCUGACUUCGUCUGCAGCUGCUCUGACUGAAAUCUAAGGACUGCCAAGAUGCGUUCCACUGUGGGUGGACCACCAGACACUCUUGGCCACGUACGGGCUCGUAGCAGUAACAAUAACAACAGCAACAACAACACCAGCGGCGAAAUUAAUGGAAACUCCGGUUCCCAGUAUGCCCUGUGUGCUUUGGGGGUUGGGCUUAUUGCCCUUGGUAUUGUGAUGAUUGUGUGGAGUGUGGUACCUGCAACACCAGUUGGCAAUAGCAGCAGCAGCGGCAACCAAGCAGGUGAUAGCAGGAAAAAUAAGGCAUCUUCUGUGGCCUUCGUCUUGACGGGCUGCGGAGUGGCUAUGCUCCUACUGUCAUUAUGUCUGGGAAUGAGAAACAAACGGAGGGAGCAACGACUCCAGGAGGCCCAGAACCACAGUGGAGCACCAGGAAGGGACCAGGAGCAAAGAGAAACUGCUGAGCAGCAAGCCCAGCGUUAUGCGGUUCCCACCUACGAGGAGGCGGUAUGCAGUGGCCAGUACCCCGUCACUCAGAGCAGCCUUCGCCCGAGCAUCUCCCAGCUGCCUUCCUAUGACGACCUGGUGCAAGUGGAUGGUGUGCAGUAUGAGAACGAGGGGUCAGAGGGCACAGUUGGCAGAUCUCAGCCUGCCGUGGAUUCGAGUGGUCCUCCUGCUGCUGCUGUUUCUGCAUCAAACCAUAGACCUGGGAAAAAUAACCUUAAGCUUCUCCCUAUCAGUAUCCGCAGGAUUAAAUCGGAGAAGCUGCACAUGAAAAACAUUGAUAACUCUCAGCCCACAGCUGGAUUCAGUAUUGAACCACUCACCCCACCGCCGCAGUAUGAGGAUAAAGUGCCGCCGCUUUAAGAUGGACCUGAUAAUGUUUGGAACGAUUCGGUGGAAUUUCGAUCAUCUUCUGUGGAUUUUGAUCAGCCUUUGCAAGCCAAGACCUGGAAUAUGGCUUGUUGAAAAAUGCGGUCAGUGGCACUUUGCAUUAAAAUACAUUCUCUGUUCAACAGUAAUCAUCAUGCCAAAGAAAUCCGAAGCACUGAACAGAAGAAAACUUUGGAUCUCUGAAGUGGAUACAGGCAGUAAAGGACAGACAUGUUGCAUCCUUGCUUACUGUGACACAUCUUUGUCAGACUGUGGCACAUUGGAUUGAGGACCCUGCACAUGCAAUUUUUUUUUUUUUAAAUAUUAUUAUAGUAGGUUUCUGUUAAUAAAUUACCUUUAUGUUACUGGCCUCCACUGUACACUGACUGUAUGGGUGAGUUGAUGGUGAAAGAGAGCAUAAGACACGAGAGGGGGGGGCGGGGUGAAGUUUUGAGGAUUUAAAUAGAUAUAGCUACCAUUUAGGACUUGGAAUGCUUAGGACUAGCACCGCCUGUAGUUUACCAAUUGUAAGCUCCACAGCGCCUGAGAAUUGUAUGCACUUUGGUGGCUCGACCUGAAUCAGGCUGCAUAGAAACUCUCCCUCAUUAUCAGUAGUAUUGCUCCCACCCCUGGCCCUCUCGAGGUUAGGAUCAAAUGAACGUCGAUGUGUCUUAAUUGGCGUGUGUGAGAGUCUGCAGAGCUUUGUAGAGCCACAGUCUCUCUACAUUUGUAAUGAUGGCUUCUGUUUUACUGGACUUUGAUUUGGAGGGUUUCUUUCAUCUCUCUGCCUCAAAAAGCUGAAACCUGGUACUGGGGGUUUCUUUACACAUUUUAAAGUGAGGUAUCUACUCAAUGAUACUCAUUCGGAAGCUUUGCUACUAAACCAACAUGAAACAAAGCUUUAUUAGCGUCUGUCUGCUGCAUUUCAAGCCUCCCUUGUUGAAUCUUUGGUUAUGGUUUCACGGUAGUAUGUUUAUUUCUCACAAAAUAGAAAUCCUAGUUUUGUGUUUCUCUUUUGAAAGGCAAAAGAAACACUCUGCAGGUUUGCUCCACCCAAGGCAGGUGAAACAGAGGCUAGCUGAAGGAUAGUGUUCGACUUUUUAAGUUGUCCAGGUUGUUGGUUCUUUGCUUUUUCUUUUGCCAACUGUGAAAUGGUCCAAAAUCAGUGCAUUGCUGCUUUUAGUAUCAUUUACUGAAUUAUUGAACUGUAUUAAUCAGAAUUUAGAUGAGAAGAGGAACCAGAAAAAACUGUGCUUGUCUAACAACUUCUCAAACAUGUAGCCAGUCAUGUACAGUGCAGCUGGCAUACAGGUUGUACUAAACUAAACUGUUUGCUAAGGUACAGCCAUGGGUGUUUCAGGCAUAAACUGGCCAAAUGUGUUUUAGGGAGAGGAUGAGGAUGGGAGGAUGUCUGGUGACGGGGAAGAGCACAAGGCCCUGGUCCGAUUUAACCCUUGGGAGGUCGUAAUCGUUAAAACUCAUGUUUACACUAAAGCAGCAGGAUUUGCCGGCAUUAAAGUCAUGAUGGUUCAAGAGAAGAGACUUUCUAGGAAGAAGACAUUUUCCGGGAAACUCGAGGUCUCUCGUUUUAUGGAGUCUUUUGGCAGUGGCAGCUAAUUGCAAGUUUGCCCUUCAGCUGUAUGCAGUAAAGUGCAGUUUAAACACCUUUCUACUCAGAACAGCACUUCCUGAAACAUCUCAUUCACGUUGGUGGAACCUGAUUCAGCUCUAGUGUUGCUCUUUUAACGUAGCAUUGCAAUGCUCUACAGCAAACACAGUAGGAAGUGUUUGAGGCAAAUGGACGGGACAUGUGAAUAGUCGAGAGCUUUUGCCUGUAGCCAUGGUGAACGGCGAGUUGUGAAGGCGGCAGUGUAGUCUGCUUCUCUGGGCUUGUUUUUGUUCGCGUUCUAGACGGCCAACAGAAAGACUCUGUGACUGUGUGCAGCUGUGCCAACAUAACACCAGCUAUUCUCACUUGUUUGCCGAUCGA